AUGUCGACCUCAGUAUAUUCCGAGGAAGGAAGAGUCAACGCCAUCUGUGCUAUAGCAUCAUACAACCCCUCUUCUCCGACUACGCCGCAUCUUAUCACCGCUCUACACGCACCUUUCUCCUUUUCCCUCAUCGGAAACCGGCACCUUGCUCUCGUCGGUGACGCAGUCUUACGACUAGUGCUUACACUGGGGGGAUUCCAUCGGACGGUCAACGGAGAUACUCCCAAUGACGUCUUAUCAACAGUCCUGUCCAAUGCACACCUCGCCCAAAGAGGCUUCGAGCUAGGCAUCGAUCAAUUUAUCUACAUCAAUCCGACGCAAGCGGCUCCGGUCUCUGAAAACGUCGUGGCCUCCACCGUCAAAGCUAUCCUGGGGGCUGUUUUCCUGGAUAGCGGGAAGAACAUUGCUGCCGUGGAACGUUCAGCGGCAGCGAUGGGUAUUGUUUGGCUGGAAUAAUUAAGAAAUACCAGAGAACGGUAUGGGAUGAAACAAUGCUAUAUAGUAUUCUUUCUGUGAGUGGCUAACUGGAUUCAUCGUUGGGCUUAUUCGUUCUAUGGAUACCCUAGAUUUCUCCCGUGCUGUACUGGUAAGCAGUGAAAUAAAGCUUUGAAGAUGGAACUCAAUACUGAUCUCUAAACUCAAUCUCCGAUCUUCAUCUACGAGUCAUGUCUGGUUCAAAUCCCGUCAAAGUUUCGGGACCAUCCAUAGAGUUAUCUACCCCGGGUUUAUUUUCCAACCAGCCAAUAUCUCAAUGACUGGAUCCAGGAAUGUCUCCCAUAACGUCAGCUUAGAAAGACAGGAGUCAUGCUGUUUGUAAUAUAGAUUGCAGUGAAAGUUCACUUCCUCG